AUGAGUGCAGCAUUGGCCAACAUGUGCAAGGCUAUCAAUAAUGCCAGUAGGGCAGGGAAGAGACAGCUCCUCCUGAGGUUUUCGACAGAGGAGAUGCGCAUGUUUCUUCUCCAAAUGCUGAGGCAUGGGUACAUCUCGGGGUUUUCGUACAUACACGACAAGAGGAGUGGAAAGAGCAUAAUUGACCUGAAUGGCAGACUCAACAGAUGCGGAGCUAUUUCCCCCAACUACAUAGUCAAGAGAGACGGAAUUGAAGACUUCAGAACAAGGCUCCUGCCUGCCAGGCAGUUUGGGCAUGUUCUGUUCAAUACAUCGAAGGGCAUCCUCGACCACAAGGAGUGCCUAACAGAGAACGUCGGUGGGAAAAUCCUCGGAUACUUCUAUUAA